ACAAACGAACAGAGCUAUGUUUAUGUCAUAUGUCAAAAAACUGUCAAUUUCAUAACCUACAAAAACCACAAAUAAACUCGAUUUGCAUUUGAUCGUUAAAUUCGAGCGAAAUGGAUUCAGAUAGCGUAAAUUUAGAUUUAUUGGAUCAAUAUAUGGCCAUAUCAAACAAACUGAAAAAGAGGUUUUUGAAGAGACCCAACUUAGCGGAGGCCUGCGAAUCCUUCAUCGAAUUAGCCAAGCAUUGCGAAUCGUUAGAUUUGCCCGUUUACGCCGGCUUGUGUUGGAGGGCAGCAGCGAGUUGCGAAGACUCCUCGUCGAACAACAUCGGAGAGACUUCGUGUUUAGUGCAAUCAGCUAGGCAGCUGCUCAAAGCUGAGGAAACGGACGCAAGAGUUAAUUGUAAAUCAGUUUACGGGGAAUAUCUUCAAGCCGGACUCAGUUGCUGCGCGUAUGCAGCCAGUAAGAAUAAAUUCGGGGACGGGUGUUCGAUGCAGAUCUGCUUAGAUCUGGAGAUAAUCGAUUUCCUGAGAAGGAUUAAUAAAGUGGAGUAUGUCGAAAGUUAUCUGGAAGAUGCCGUGGAGUUGUGUAAAGACAGAUGCGAUUCGAGGAUUUACUGCUUAGAGCUGUUUGCUUCACUAUUCAUAAAAUCUGGGGACUUUUUGGCAGCUUUGGAAACUUAUUACGAAAUAACGAAAAUUAUAGAAAAUUCCACGUUAAACGGUGCUAGGUGUGAAAUACUUUUAAAAUGCGAAGUGAAUAGCGUUUUGUUGUUGUUAAUAUUGAGGCCUAAUCCUCAAAAGUUGCCAGCCCGUUUAGCGAAAAUUUUGGAAAAAUAUACCUGGGGAGACGUGAAUGAUGUCAGUUUACAAAUAUGCAAAAUGACUGAAAACGUAUUUAAUCUACUAAAUUCGCUAGUUAUGACUUGCCAGUCAUUGGAUACGAGUAGUUUAGUGGAAUUAGAGACGGAAUUGUGGAGCAUUCUAUCGAAAGAACAAAAGGAAUUACUGAGGAUAUUGUUGAAAACCUACGAGCUUGUCCCUGGUGUUGAUGAAAAUUAAAAAAAAAAACACCAAAAAAUUAAAUCAGUGCAUUUCAAAUACGAAAAAUUAUAACAAAUUUCAUUCCAUGAGCUACCCAAGAAACAUAAAAUAAUAAUUACACCCAAAAAAAAAUCUGUAAUGCCAUAAAUAGAAAAUUUUUAAAAAUAUUUUUUGUAUACUUGCUCUGGGGUAUUCUACUUAAGUAGAACCUAAAAAGUAAAAAAAAAUGUAUUUUACAAAAUAUAUCAUACUUUUUAUAUACAACAGGCGAGAAAUGUCAAUUCAAAUUGAUUAAAAAAAAGAGCUUUUUAAAAACUACCCGAAAUUUAAACAAUUAUACCUUAUCUGCAUUAAACAUAACAUAUACAAUCCAAUUUCUUAACAUAAAAAAAAUAAAUACUAAACAUUAAAAUGGCUUUGGUAGAUGGGAACAUCAUUGAGGUAUUAGUAAACUAAAUAAAUGAGAUUUUAAAUCUACAAUGUUAAACUUAUCAAGUGCAAACAUCACGCGAAAACGUACAAAUAAAUUAUUAUAGGAAUUUAUUUAGUAUUUACAGAUUCCCAAUGAAACAACGAGUUGACAAAAAUCAUGCAAAUUGAAACUGAAGCGGGAAGUAUAUAAAAACAAGUAAUAUUGGCUAUUUAUACUAAUACGAGGGUAAAAUGAAAACUCCUCGUCCAAGAAUUGUUCACCUUUACCCUCGUAUACGUGCAAAUCUUUUCAUACCUUUAGUCUGAAAAUCGUGCGUAUGGAUAAAAAUAAUCCUACAACCGAGGAAUAAGUUUAAGGCCACGGCGUGAUACAAAACAUUGCGCGAUGAAAUCGGCUUAUUUCGAAGUACUAUCACAGAUAUAAACCCUUCAAAUUCACAACAAAAACCCCAAAUUCCCCACUAAAAAAAUCUAAACGCUCUUCCCGUGCACCCUAAACCUAUACAAACACGUAUAAUUCGGAUUCCCGUGAUUCGAAACGAUCCUCAACUCGACGAUCUCGUACACCUUAUGAGGCUCAUCGGCAUCGAAGAACUGCACCGGCUCCCCUUCAGCAUCGUACUCGUACCUGCCCAACAACUCGGGCUCACCGUCGUACUCGUCCCGCAGCCCGAACACCUCGAACUCCUUGGGCGCCGAAUCGACGUUCCCGUCGGGCACCAGCAAUCGGCUGAUGUGCUCCACGGAGAAGGCCUCCACUCGGAUGCGCUUCGACAGCCUGAUCAUGGCGAAGCCGGGGAAGUUCUGGAAGGCCCAGCACUGGCCGGGCCCCACGCCGGGCGUGAUGAGCGUCCUGGGGGAGUUGACGGGGUACCAGAGGGGUAUGCCCAGCACGGACACCACCGCCUUGCCGUAGUUGAAGUGUUCGGUGCACCGGGUGCUCAGGAUUUCGCCCCCCAUCGAUUCGACUGCGUAGUCGACUAGGCCGGUUUUGUCGGCGUCGUAGAGGCUCAAAGCUCGCUUUACUAUGGAUUUAAUACGGUCGUCGGGCACCUCCGAGUAGUCGAUUUGAUGGGGUUUCAUUCGGUUCGUUAUCUCUUCCAUUAAAUUGGCGGUGUUGUGGUGCAGUAGAUCGGUGUAUUUCGUGGUGAUGUUGCUCAAUCUCGCUUCUAGUUCGUCUCGGGCGACGAAGAUGGCGCGUAAGUAGCUGGUGAGGCCUGGCUGGUUGUGCAGAAAGGCGGGGUCGUUGAGGAGUUUGGAUGUUAGUUUGUUCACGUAGUGUUCGGUGUCGAUUAAAGGGUUUUUGCAGCAACGGUUUACGCGGUAGAUAAAAGGUGAGUUUAUGGUCGAUUGGAUUCGGUUGAAAUCGCCUUGCCAUUGUUGCUGGGCUUUGGUUAUUUCGUCGCGCAAAUUCGUUAUUUCGUCCUUUAAAUAUUCGAUGGUUUUCUGUUGGUUCGUUAUGAUGUCGUUUCCGGCUUGAUAUGCAAAAGGUUCCUUCGGGAUUUGUUUAUCUACAGGAAUCGAUUGGUUUUCGGAGGAAUCGAGUAAACUGCACAAGAGGCAAGCACCUGCAAAGAAGUAAAAUUCAAUGUGGGAUCGGAAACCCAACCAACUAGCCAGUCGUUGAAGAAAGGAGCACAGAAACACAGGAGGAUUUUUAUGAGAAAAAACUUUAUUGCGAGUAUACGAAUACAAACACCACUACUUAAUAGAAUUAUAAUUGUAGAGAACGUACAUGUUUAAAUUAAAUCUCUAGCAUCGGAUAAGACUUUUUUAACUUUAACAAAUUUUUAGUACUGCGCAUUUCAAUAACCAGUAUAUUAAUAGAGCUAAAUGUAAAAAAAAACUUCUAAUAAGUACACGAAUUUAACGAAUAUUUUGUAUUAAAUAUGUAAUAAAGCUAGCAAAAAUAUUUUUUUAGUUAUAAUUAACUUGACUAGAAAGAAAAAAUUAAAGACUUUGAUUUUAUCAGUUGCACCGGUUACUGAAAUUAGGCAAACAUUAACAGGAAAAAUAUAUUAAUAAAAAAAAGCAUGCCUAACAUUAAUUCACUCUUCAAAUUAAUAAGAGAUCAUAUUUUUCAUAAACGUUUAACAUUAAACCAACACAUUAUUACUUUUUAUAAAUAUAUAUACGAAUAAAAACUAAAGUGCAUAAAAUAUAUGUUUUUUUUUUGUAUAAAUAAAAGAAUCCCUCUAUUAUGUUAAUUUAUCAGCAAAUAAAUCGGCAGGAAGGGACAUUGAAACUCCGUUAAUCGACAACAAGUGCACACCUGAAAUACACGUUAAGCGAUUAAAUUCCAACUAUCUUCGUGAAAUUACUAAAAAAUCAAUACGAAACAUAUCAUUUGCUCCUUUCUUCAACGAAUUACUACAACAAAACCGAAACAAACUUACCUCCCACAGCCAACAGCGAAACCACCGAAAACCCCACCAACAUCGGUACUUUAUUCACCGGCCUGUUCCUCGCCAACAGCCACGUAUCGAACAACAUCACGUUACCAGCAAACUUGUACAACAUCCCCAUCACCGCGUUGUACGGUCGCACAACAAACCACCACACAGCCGACACCAACACCACGAUCCUCGUAAACGUAGCCACCACCGUGCUCCGGACGCUCCUCCACCCGCUCGUAGACACGCCCGAGGCCUCGUUCCUGUAGCCGAACAGCUGCCUGGGCCUGUACGAAUCCGUGUUGGUCUCCUUGUGCAGGAACUCGAUGGGCGUGGAGGUGCCCGACGGGCGGUGCACGCUGUGGAUGGUCCUUCGGGACAUGUUCGGCAUGGCCACCACGCCGGGCGCCAGUUCCACUCGAUCCUUCGAUAUCGGGGAGUACGUGUAGUCGGUUUUCGGGUACACCCUGUAGAUAAAACGAAUAAUUAUGUAGGCGAUUGUUGGAAUUGAACGGUCGCAGGAU